GGCCCGCGGCCCCUGCACUGCUGACUGCCUGCGCGGACUGCUGCGGCCGCGGCCCUGCUGCUGCCCCGUGGGUGCGGCUGGGUGUGUGCCCAACCGCUCGGACGCCUGUGCUGGCCAGGGGCCCCCGAGUGUCCUUCUUCUGACAGGGCGGGACUUCGAAGUGUGGAUGCUGGAGACCAGGUUGAAGGGCAAGGUUAUUUGUACGCAUAUGAUAGGAGUGCUGGUGCUCCCUGUCAUCCCAGCACUCUGGGAGGCUGAGGCAGGACGAUUGCAAGUUUGAGCACAACCUGGGCAACUUGGUGGCCUAGCGAGAUCUUCUCUUGAAAAUGAAUGUUAGGUCUAGGUUUGUAGCUCACCGUGAAGAUCCUGGGUUCAGUCCCACUGCGGCAGGGAGCGAGGGUAUGAUCAGGACUCUUCUCAGCGGUAGAGCCGCGCAGGGCGGGAGGCUUCUCUGGAAGCACUGGCGUUUCCGACAGGUGUGGCUGGUUUCUGCGGGUGACCUGGGUGCAGCUGUCUUGGGGACAGUGCCAGCCCCUCCUGCACCACCCGCAGAGUCCGUCCCUGGGGAGCCUUGCGGCCUUCCACGCGCUUGUCCUUGCCCUUCCAGCUAACUUUAUCAAGAGUGCAGAGCCAGAGCAGGGACCUCGGCUCGGAAGCCACAGGACCGUGGCCUGCUCGGCACAUCUGCCCCGCGCGGGUCUCCCGAGGCCCUGGCCCCAAGGGUCGUCUCCUGCCGCUGACCCCCAUCAAACCCCAUCAUGCCCACAGCCCUGUGCCCCCGCGUGCUGGCCCCCCAGGAGAGCGAGGAGCCCCGGAAGAUGAGGAGCCCCCCUGGAGAGAAGGCCGGCCUGCCGGGAGAGCCCCCCAGCCCCGAGUCCUCGCGCCGCCUGUUCCGCCGCUUCCGCUACCAGGAGGCGGCCGGGCCCCGAGAAGCGCUGCGCCGGCUGUGGGACCUGUGCCGCGGGUGGCUGCGGCUGGAGCGCCAUACCAAGGAGCAGAUCCUGGAGCUGCUGGUGCUGGAGCAGUUCCUGGCCAUCCUGCCGCGCGAGGUGCAGGCCUGGGUGCGCGCCCAGGAGCCCGAGAGUGGCGAGCAGGCUGUGGCCGCCGUCGAGGCGCUGGAGCGGGAGCCUGGGAGGCCGUGGCAGUGGCGCAAGCACUGUGAGGACCCCGUGGUGAUUGAUGACGGGGAAGGCCCUCCUGACCUGGGCCAGGAGCAGGACCGCCUGCCCGCGGAUGUCCUCAGCGACCCUGCGAAGAGCCAGGACGCCCAGCCUGUGGCCCUGGCCCCCGGCCUGGGCCUCCUCAGCCGAUCUCCCAGCCAGCUCUGCGAGGGCCCAGCGCCACAGGACGCCUGCCUUCUGCAGGAGGACGGUGCAGGGGACACACAGCAGGUGGCUGCCUUCCCACUGCCUGCGACCCGUGCGUCCCCGUUUAAGGACAUGAUCUUGUGCUUCUCUGAAGAGGACUGGUCCCUCCUCGACCCCGCGCAGACCGGCUUCUACGGGGAGUUCAUCAUCGGCGAGGACUGCGGGGUCUCCGUGCCCCCGGACGACCCCGAGGCUCAGCCAGACCUCUCGCCGGGGGAGGACGGCGAGCCCCGGGUCCCGGAGCUGCCGGAGCUGCCGGAGCUGCAGGGCAGGGAGGCGUCUCAGGCUCCCUCUGUGGACUUGCCCGGUCUGCAGCCGUUCCCCGCGGAGGAGAGGAGGCGGUGGGAGGAGCUGCAGGUGCCCGAGUUCCAGGCCAGCCCGGUGCCCGCCCUCACUCAGAGCGCCUGCCCAGCUGCGCCCAACCCCGCACCCCUGGAGGACGGCUUGGAGGAGGAGGUGACCAUCGAGAUCGUGCUGUCGGGUUCGGGCGACGAGGAGGAGCGCGGCACGGGCGCGCGUGGGGCCCAGGCUAAGGCGUACGUGUGCCCGCGCUGCGGCAAGGCCUUCCGUUGGCGGGUCAACUUUGUGCGUCACCUGCGCAGCGGCGACGGCGAAGGCGCGGCCGGGCACCGCGGGACGCACGAAGCUCCCAGGCCGCACCGUUGUGGGGCCUGCGGGCGCAGCUUCCGGCUGGCGGCACACCUGCUAGCGCACCGCCGCGCGCACCUGCGGCCAGGGGACAGGGACGCCAAGGACCCGGGGGAUGGGGACAGGCCCGGCGCGCGCCGCCGCGACCUCCCGCAGGACCGCGCGCUGCGCUGCCGCUACUGCGCCAAGAGCUUCGGGCAGAACUGCGGGCUCCUUCGCCACGAGCGCCUGCACAUGAAGCGCCGCUCCAAGCAGGCGCUCAACUCCUACUGAGUGGCCGGCCCCGCCCACAGUCUGCCAGCGCUUCGGCGCGGGAAGCAGCGGCAGUGGUCGUGCCCCUCACGGACCCUCCCAGGGCGCCCCAGGCCCUGCAAGGGGAUGGCGGCCUCCGUGGCAUGGGGUUACCAGCUGGCCCACUGCCGGACCCGGAGGGCCGUGGCAGGACAGGGCCUUCGUGUCCCGUACCCGGGCAGCCCAAGGGCUGUGGCUACCAGCGGGCCAGCGCCAUGGCUGCUCCUAAGUGCGAUAAAAGAUAGCUCAGUUGUGGUUUUGGGGUUUUUUUUGGGUCUUGGUUUGUUUUUGUUUUUUGCAUCACUGGGAAUUGAGCCAGGGUCUUCCCACUGUGCUACAUCCACCACACACACCUGCGCGUUUCUGGUUUUCUGUUUUAACUUUGAAACGGGGAUCUAAGUUGUCCAGGCUGGGCUCAAGCUUGAGAUCCUCCUACCUCAGCCUCGCAGGGUGGUGGGAUGACGGCCAUGCACCACCACACCCAGCUGGAGUUCCCAUUUUAAGCUCUUGCACGCUGGCCUGCUCUUUCCAUUGCAGUGAGGAGGUUACAUGUAGGUGGGGCAGCAGCCGAGGUCAUCUGAGGGACACUGAAGGUCCCCGGACUCUAGGAACUCAGAGCUUGGCUGGGAGGGUCUCUGGGUCCCGUGAGCUCUUCUCUGUCAGAAUCCCAUGCCAGCAUGUGUUCCCUAAGGCUGGCGCAGCUGCCAGCAGAGUCCUCUCCAUUCCUGGCAGGCGUGAGGGAGCCGUGGGUGCACAUCCUCGGCCUGUGGGCAUGCGUAUCUGCAUGUGGGAACACAGGCCUCCUCCUCUGCCCUGCUGUCCGUAUAGCUGUCCCCGGCUCCCUUGCAUAAAGGACACCAGCCCUGGGCUUCACGCCAUCCCGUCUGUGUGCCUGUGACUGCCGGGAUCUGCGGUGACUGUCCAAAACAAGUCUCCACGGUGUCCUGGGGACACAGCACCGCUGCCUGCACCCGCAGCCUGGGCAGUGACACUUGGAACCAGUCCUGGGACACUGGCCGUGGGGCUUCGGAGCUGCAGACGGCCUGGGAGGCUGCUCCUCAGCAUCACAUGCCUGGUAGACAGCAAGCCUGCAUCAGGUGCUCCUGGUCACCCACGUGGUUUUCACAUCCAAUAAAAGCUAUCUUUUGUUUUGCA